GAGGCUAUUGUCGCCAUAUUGAAGACUGGAUUAUGGUUAUCGUUCAGCUAAACUCCCAGCGUCACUUUAUUACAAUGGCGAUACUUCUAUCAAUGAUAGAAAUCAUGGCUUAUAAAAAAAGACCACUAGAUGUCCCCAUACUACCUAGAACAUAAUCCUGUCCAGCAUCAUCUUUGUCCAAGAUGAAGCCCAAGCUGAGACAAAUGCCAAUAAGUCAGGGAAGGAGUAGCACUCUCCUGUGCUCACUCCUGUCCUUUCAAACUGCAGCAUGAAAACAGAGAGGAGGGGGUUACAGAGCAGCCUGCAGUAAUUGGAUGAAGAGACUCAGCACUCAUGAAGAAAGAUGAGUGGGGACACACCCCUCCAAGCAUUCCCUAUAGCGUGAUAAAUCGUCAACAUGGCUCUUCAGGACGGCAAAAGUAAAUCAUCAUAUCAAUGAAGAAACAACAGGCAUCAAGCUGUAAGCGAUACGUACUUAGGCAUUUAUCAUUACGUGUUAUCCUGACACGAUGACAACUGAGCUGACUUUUUAAUGGAAUCUACACACCAAGAAAUGUCACCACGAAAAAAGGGAAACAACACAACCUCAUUUUCAUGGACAUCUACAAUCGAUAAUCACUAAAUACCCUUUCAGUAUAAGAAGAUCUGGGCUACUUACUAAGCUAGAAGAAAAAACUUCAGUCCUAUUUUUUAGGAUAUUUUAAACUAAUGAAACUAAACUGUCACAAAGUGGAAAAUGCUAUUCCCUGAGGUGAAGAUCUUUAGAUUGUAGAGACCAGACACCAGUCAGUAUCAAGUAUGAGGCUGAUGGAUGAAAUGGCUGUCCGGAAGGCCCUGAGGAGGAACAAACUAUGCAAGGAUUUCAUCAAUUCUGUCUCCUACCAGAUAUGUUGCUGCUGUGGGCCCUCUCCGUGCUCUCUGUGUUGUGCAUGCUUUCCAAGCAUCAAGGUGUCUACUGGUACCAGACUGCUGUACACAUUCUUCCAUAUUUUUGCCUCCACCAUCUGUUGCCUCAUGCUUUCCAGAAAGGUGUCAGAAGCUGUCAAGGAACAUGUGCCUUGGAUUUCUCUUCUGUGCAACCAUUUGCCUGGCGGUAAUGACUGUGAAAUUCUUGUUGGGUAUACAGCGGUUUACCGAGUCUGCUUUGGCACUGCAUCUUUCUAUUUCAUCCAGUCAGUAUUCCUUAUCAAUGUGAAGUCUACACAGGAGUUCAGAGCCAUGGUCCACAAUGGGUUUUGGUGUCUGAAGUUUCUGAUUCUGAAUGGCAUGUGUGCCGCGGCAUUCUUUAUCCCCAGCGAUUCUUUUAUAAAAGUAUGGCAUUAUGUUGGCGUGUGUGGUGGGUUCUCUUUUGUUCUCAUCCAGCUGGUACUGAUAACAGCAUUUGCUCACACCUGGAACAAAAAUUGGCUCACCGGUGCAUCUAAAGACAAACGCUGGUAUUUUGCCGUUCUGGUUACCACAUUGCUCUUCUAUUCCAUUGCCUCACUGGCCUUCUAUUUCCUGUACACAUACUUCACCCAUCCAGCUGGCUGUAUCCUGAACAAAGGACUGAUAAGCAUUAACAUCAUCUUGUGUAUAAUCAUGUCCUUCAUUUCCAUCACCCCAUGUGUACAACUCAAGCAGCCCCGAUCUGGAUUGCUACAAGCCUCCAUUAUUAGCUGCUAUGUCACAUACCUUACAUUUUCAGCCCUGUCCAGUCGGCCUCCAGAAAGAGUUCAGUACAGGGGACAGAAUAUCACAGUGUGUUUUCCAAGCAUCAGCAGAGAUGGGCUACAGUCAGAAGAUACAUCUAUUGCUGUUAUUGGAGCCUGCAUUAUGUACAUCUGCAUCUUGUUUGCCUGCAAUGAAGCUUCCUACUUAGCGGAGAUGUUUGGUCCAUUGUGGAUGAUUAAGGUCUACACCUAUGAGUUCCAGAAAGCAUCCUGCUGUUUCUGCUGUCCAGAAGAAGACGAUGAAGGAGGUGAAAAGAACCACGAGGAGGAUGUGAACACUGGAGGUGGACAGAUGGUCAUACACGAUGAGCAUGAGCGAGUGAUCUAUAGCUACUCCUUCUUCCACUUUGUAUUUGUGCUCGCCUCUCUCUAUGUGAUGAUGACGCUGACCAACUGGUUCAGCUAUGAAAACUCUUCCUUGGAGACCAUAUUUACCCAUGGAAGUUGGCCUACAUUUUGGAUCAAGGUAGCAUCCUGUUGGACAUGCGUUUUGCUUUAUUUGUGGAUACUUCUAGCACCAACUUGCUUUCCUGGGAAUGGACAUAACCAAAAGAGCGGCCCCCCACAACAUGUACUGAGACGAAGACAGUUCCGCAGAGUCACAGUGUCUAAGUGAAGUGUCCUAAUCCCCUCAUCUAAUUUAAAGACAUUGUGAUGGGAUUUACAAUGGGCAUGUGGGGUCAACGAUUAAAGAAAAUGUGGGGAUUAACAUCAAGGAAUAUAUAUCCAACGUGAUUGGAUUGUUCUUACUUUUAUUACUAGGUAAAAAGGCUGGAGAACUUUUAAGCAUUAUGGUCUGUCUUUGGUGGCAUUGGGGUGGAACAAGUCAUUCCAAGCAGAUGAUUCCUUUCCUAGGGGUCAUGGUGACAAUCACACAGACUUUUUAAUAUAAUGUCAAACGUUCUGUUGGAUAUAACUUUUCUCGGUUCACUAUUGAGACACUGAUAUUGGGACUUCACUAGUUGUUCAAGUUUACAUCUCAACUAAAAGGAGGACGUGUUAUUUUUUCUAUCUCCAAGUACAUUUGAGCUAUAAGUUACACAGCAGAGCUAGCUAACCAUAUUACAAUCCAUGUAGUCAUACAGUAGGUUCUGAUGUAUUGAGUGUAAGAGUAGUGCAUUUUAGGCCCCUCCAAAGCUCAAUAGGUUAAGCAUCACUAUAGAAAAUCUCCACGGAACUGACAUUCGUGCGCUGACCCUUGCAUAAAGUACUCAAUGUCCCUGAAGUGAAUAAAAAUAGCUUAAUAUGCUUUGUAUGUGUAAAACUGUACAGUAUGCACGUUCUGAGUCUCAGUAAAUGGCCAUAAGCUUUUAGCUAAAUUAGUGAUUCCAAAGAUUUGUCCUUUUUUUCUGUCCCAAAUGCCAAACGUGUUUUACAAAGAAGGUAUCCUGAGACCAAGUAAUGUAGAAGUGACGCCUACCAACAACACAAUAGGUCUUGCGUACAAGCUGUGCAGCCCGCAUACCUUUGCUCUCAUCUAUACAUAAUGGGAUUACUGCGCCAAAGCUACCUGACGUGUCCAAUGAAAGCUCCAAGCUAAAAUCCUGAAGGGAAUUACCUUGAAAAGGUCAGAAAGGAUCUGCACUGCAGUAACCGUAGAGCAGUUGUCCUUUGUAUAGCAGAAGGGUCAAUGUCCAUUAUUUAUAGUCACAGUGACUGGAUGAAAUACAAUGACUGUUUACAAAGUGUCAUGACAACACUGUUUUCAGGCUCUGGUGGACAGAUAUAUUGGGAAAAGGGAAUUUCCUUUUGCUUUAUUGUUUGGUUGCUUAGGUCUCAGUUAGUAUACAGAGUAUACAGAGAACAAGCUUUAUGAUGGUGAAAGCCACUCCCUAUUUUUAUACAGUAUGACUGAGAACGAUCAGCAAAAAACUUAGCGUCACCUUCACAACAAGUUGCUAUUUAUGGGUGAAGUUACUAGAGAUGAGCAAACUUACAGUA